AUGGCUUGCUGCAAUCCAGAGUCACCGUGGGGAGCGCUGGCCGGACGAGUGGGAUGGGAGGGGGUGCGCGCGCGGCUCGCCAGCCUCGCCCAGGCAGCCCGCGCGCCCCGGGCCCCCCCGAGGAGUCCCGGGGUUCCAGUGGGGGUGCUCCGGGCGCUGCUGGGACCCGGAGAUCUCACUGGGCUCCGCUUGCCUCUGCUGCCCUCGGAGAGGCGACCUCCGAGGCCGAGCUGCCCAGGUGAGGGGAGAGGCCCGCCUGGAGCCCUGCAGAGGGCAUCCUCCCCUCCCUCCGACUUCAGCUUGCCUGAGUUGAGGCCGGUACCGGCACCUGGGCCAGAAGUGGGCUGA